AUGCCCACCAUCAUCCCCCCCUCCGACAAAAAAUACGUUUCCUCGCUCCUCUCGUCUCCACCCCAGCCUCACAACCCGGCCAUCAUGUCGACAAUCACGACGCUAAACCUCCAAGACCACAUCGAAGGCGGCCACUUUGUCGAAACAGACCGCGACCCGCUCCGCGUGCCAAACCCGUUCAAGUCCCAUCCGCAACUUUCCGGCGCUACAGCCCAGGAUGGUGACCCGGAGACCCGCAACGCGUCCACAACGAUCUAUUAUCUCGUCACGCCGCGCAGUCCCGUCGGGCACUUCCACAGGAAUCGCGCACGGACAGUGCAUACCCUGCACUGGGGCCGUGCGCGGUACGUCGUCUUGCAUGCCGAUCGGGCGACUACUGCGUCUUCCGGGAAAGAAACGAUAUCCGCGAAAGUCGAGGUGGAGACGUUCGUCGUGGGCAAGGACCUCGCGCGUGGCGAAAGGUUGCAAUGGAUCGUGGAGGGAGGGAAGUUCAAGGCCUCGUUCUUACUGCCUGAUGAGAGUGAGGAUGGUGACGGGACCACAGCCAGCGAAAGCGAAAAGGGGUGUCUGAUCAGUGAGACCGUGGUGCCCGGGUUUGAAUAUGCUGACCAUGAUUUCUUGACGGCGGAGGGGUUCGUCGAGAGUCUGGACGCGGAGGGGAGGGAGGAGUUGAAAUGGUUGUUGAGGCAGGAUCAGCGGGCGCGGUUGGAGGAGUUGAAAUAG